AAUGCCGAGGUAGAGGUUUUUUGAGCCAGCCAUCAUUGUAAACGAAGUCUCUCCCAGCUUUUUCCUCACCGCCUCAUCAUGUCUGAGUACCCAAACAAGCCCCCUGGUUACGGAUACGGUUACGGGGCGCCGCCAUCAGGCCAUCCCUAUGGCUCGGCGCCACCCUAUUCCGCCAAUCCAUACGGUGCAGCUCCACCACCACAUGGCCAAGGUAACCCUUAUGCUCCGGCAGCGGCUCCCUAUGCUGCACCCUACGCACCACCUGGUCAGAAACCCCCAAAGGAUAAUUUCCAAACCCAUGGCAGCAGCGGUGGAGGCUACCCGCCGGCGUCGGAGCCUUCGUACCCUAGCCCUUUCGCGACGUUGGUACCGUCGGCGUUCCCUCCUGGCACUGAUCCCAGUGUCAUUGCCUGCUUCCAAAUUGCAGAUCAAGACGGCAGUGGAUUGAUCGACGACAAGGAAUUGCAGAUGGCGCUUUCUUCCUACAGUCAGAGCUUCAGCCUGAGGACUGUCCAUCUUCUCAUGUAUCACUUUACCAACACCAACAUCAGGAAGAUUGGACCAAAAGAAUUCACUUCUUUAUAUUACAAUCUUCAAAACUGGAGGUCCGUCUUUGAGAGAUUUGACAAGGACAGGAGUGCCAAAAUUGAUUCAUCUGAGUUGAGAGAUGCUCUACUGAGCAUGGGGUUUGCUGUGUCACCUGUGGUAUUGGAUUUGCUCGUCUCCAAGUUUGACAAAACUGGUGGAAAAAGCAAGGCUAUCGAAUAUGACAAUUUCAUUGAGUGCUGUCUUACCGUUAAGGGACUAACCGAAAAGUUCAAGGAGAAGGAUACCAAUUACUCUGGUUCUGCAACAUUCAGCUAUGAGUCCUUCAUGCUGACUGUUCUGCCAUUCCUGAUUGCUUAGAGAAUAACGGUUUGCCUUUGUGAUUGCUAGUACCUGGCUUCUUAAAUAUCAUGUACCUUUCCUUGUAAGUAAGCAAGUUCCGAGAUAGUGAUAGGAUCUCAUGCUCUAUAGCAGUUUGCAUGGAGCACUACUUUGUUUUGUAAAAAUUACCUUCUCUAUCAUUUGCUAUCGUUAUCAAAUUGCUAUCAUUAUCAUGAUAAA